AUGAGUUGUGGAUGCUUUGAAAAACCAUUAUCUCAGGAACUUAGAGAUUUUCUGUAACAACAGUAUACAGAAUAAUAAUGUCCAAAUAAGAUAAUUUUUACAUCAAAUCCAGAAAGCUUUAAAAACAAAUAUAAUAUAAAUAAGAAAAUUUGUUAAAAACAAAAAAUAUACACUAUCGAUUAAUUAGCGAGCAAACAAAAUGUCCAAAAAAUGAUUAUGUCUGAGUUGGAGGCCGAACAAUUUCAAUUAGCCUACAAUUACAGAAAUAUUCAAAAAGAUUAAUUCUCAGCACUUGCUUAUGGCAAUAGUGGGUACACCUUUCGUUUAGAAUUACAAGAGACAUUAAAUAAUGGUAGUAACGUUUUAGUGAUUGGAGAAAAAGGUUCAGGCAAAUCAACUUUGAUUAAUGCAGUUGGAAAUUCUCUUCUUAUAGAUUAUGCCGAUAGAUAUAGAUAUCAUAUAGCAGAAUAUGAUUUUAAUGGAUAUUUAUAAGAGUGUGAUAUGUGGGUAGAAAAUGUAAAAUUUAAAUUUUUGGAGGUACUUGGUUAUGGAGAAAAUCUCUUAUAGAAUUAAUAGAUUAUGUUGUAGACAUACGAGUUUCUAAAAGAAAAAAACCUUUAAAUAGAUUGUAUACUAAUUUGUAGAAAAUUUGGAUAUUAGGGUUUACAAACAAAAGAAAAAUAGAUAAUAUGCCAUUUGGCUGAAGUAUUUGGAUAAUAAUAUAUAAAAAAAUGUUUCUUAGUUAAUACAAAUUAUGAUCAUGGAGAUGAAAAACAGAUUCUAAAUUAAUUAUAAGGAGAUUUAAAUAGGAUAAAUACUAUUUUUGAUUAAAUGCCAGACCCAAAAAUUCUAUUUGUUAAUUCCUAAAUAACACCUUUUGAAGGUAAUGCAGGGGCUCAUCGUUUUGAGACUGUUAAAGUGGCCAAAAAUGCAAUCACUAAUCUUAUUAAUACUAAUGCUUAUAGACUUGCAAUAAUCAAUUCAGAUGCAUUUAGACAUAGAAGAUCAAAAGAAAAUUCAUUGAAAUAAACAAAGGACUAAAUUAAAACUAGUUUAAUUUAAUUAUUGCCAUGCUUAGAAAAUUAUUUCUAAAUCUGCGAAAUCAAUGAAAAUGAUGAUCUAUUCUAUGCAAAUUCAGUUUUUUGGAGUACUCUGAAAAAUGAUGAAAGAGUUAAAGAGAGCAAGGUUUUAAGCGUAAUCUUAGAAGAAAUAAUAUUACCUGAUUCUGAUUUACUAUUAAUUGAAAAAGAAUUUGAAAAACUUGAACUAUUGAAUUCUCUUACUCUUGAUUUUGAAAGAUAAAAAAGAAGAAAAAAUGAAGCCACUUACAAAAAAUAAUUCAAUCGUUAAAAGGAGAAAUUAACUGUUGAAAAAGAUAGGUGGUUAUAAAACAUUAUUGAAUUAGCUGAUUAUUACAUAAAUGAAUAGCAACAAUUUUUACAGGAAACCUAUGUUUAUUAAUAAGAGUCAAGGGAACAGCUAAUUACUAAUAAUAUGAAUAAUCAAUUGAAAUUAUAUUUAUAAUAGGAUUAGGGUUUUGACAAUGUACAAUUAAAGCAAGAAUUUGAGGUUAUUAGAUAAAGAUUGUUUUUACCAAAUACAAAUUUAUUUGCAACACAGAUCAUUGCAUUAUGA